AUUUAUAGUGUAUCAGUUUGUAUUAAAUGCGUCACAGUGCACUUAACACACACGCAGAGAGAGAGAGAGAGAGACAGAGAGAGAGAGAGAGACAGAGAGACAUGCACCCCUUCCAGAGUAAUAAUAUUAGGGUCGGCCUGUCUACUUUACUAAACAUGUGACCACGCUGUGUCGAUGCUUACAGCGCCAGUGCCGCCAGUGAAGCAGAACAUCUAAAGCAGCACAGCCGACCAGUAGGUAAGCCAAGAUGGACCUGAAAGAUCAGGGCGCUCAAAUGGAACCGCUGCUUCCCACGGUAAUAACACCUUCCAGAGGAAGAAGUGUGAGAGGUGAUGAGGAGGCAGUGGUGGACAGAGGAGGCACUCGAUCUACGCUGAAGGCUAAUUUAGAACAAGAAGAGCUAGAAGGUCACAGAACAUUGUAUAUCGGGGUGCAUGUGCCUCUGGGACGCCGAAGCCAUAGACGCCACCGCCACCAUGGCCACAGACACAGGAAGAGGAGCAGAGAAAGAGACUCAGGAGUGUGUGAUGGACGAGAAUCACCUGCAUAUGACACACCCUCUCAGAGGGUCCAGUUUCUGCUAGGAACUGAAGAUGAUGAUGAAGAACACAUUCCACAUGACCUCUUCACUGAACUGGAUGAAAUCUGUCUGCGUGAUGGAGAGGAUGCUGAGUGGAGAGAGACAGCUAGAUGGCUGAAGUUUGAGGAGGAUGUGGAGGAUGGAGGGGAGAGGUGGAGUAAGCCCUAUGUCGCUACACUCUCAUUACACAGCUUGUUUGAGUUGCGCAGCUGCAUUAUCAAUGGUACAGUGCUGCUAGACAUGAGGGCCAAUUCCCUAGAGGACAUUGCAGACAUGGUGUUGGACCAGCAAGAAGCAUUGGGGGAGCUUGGUGAGGAGGUGAGAAAGAAAAUCCGUGAGGCCCUGCUCAAGCAGCACCACCAUCAAAACCAGAAGAAGCUGGCUAACCGUAUUCCUAUAGUACGCUCUUUUGCUGACAUCGGCAAGAAACAGUCCGAAUCUAACUCUAUGGACAAGAACGGCCAGAUGACCUUUCCUCAGACCCAGCCUAGUGCACAGGACCUCAAGCCAGAGGUCACAAGAGACUGCAGUAGUGUGGAUUUCAGUAAGAUAGACCUGCACUUCAUGAAGAAGAUUCCAGCCGGAGCUGAAGCCUCUAAUAUUCUGGUAGGAGAGCUGGAAUUCUUGGAGAAACCUGUAGUGGCAUUUGUACGUCUCUCACCUGCUAUCCUUCUCAAUGGCCUGGCAGAAGUUCCCAUAACCACCAGGUUCCUCUUCAUUCUUCUCGGGCCUCUGGGUAAAGGUCCACAGUACCAUGAGAUUGGCAGGUCCAUCGCAACCCUGAUGACUGAUGAGGUCUUCCAUGAUGUUGCAUAUAAAGCUAAGGACCGCAAUGAUCUAGUGGCUGGAAUUGAUGAGUUCCUUGACCAAGUAACAGUUCUACCCCCUGGUGAAUGGGACCCGUCUAUCAGAAUCGAGCCGCCGAAAAACGUCCCUUCUCAGGAGAAGAGAAAAAUCCCUGCUGUCCCCAACGGAGAGCUGGCAGAGACUGAGGAACAUGGGGGGCAUGGAGGCCCUGAGCUACAGCACACCGGGAGGCUGUUUGGUGGGUUUAUUCUGGAUAUAAAGCGCAAGGCACCACAUUACCUAUCUGAUUAUACAGAUGCCAUCAGCCUACAGUGUGUGGCUUCUUUCCUCUUCCUCUACUGUGCCUGCAUGUCUCCUGUCAUCACCUUUGGGGGACUCCUGGGGGAGGCCACAGAGGGACGUAUUAGUGCUAUCGAGUCUUUGUUUGGUGCUUCAAUGACUGGAAUCGCUUACUCCCUGUUUGCGGGCCAGCCUCUCACCAUCCUUGGCAGCACUGGACCGGUGUUGGUUUUUGAGAAGAUUUUAUUCAAAUUCUGCAAGGAAUAUGGGUUGUCUUAUCUGUCUCUGAGGACAUGCAUUGGCCUUUGGACUGCUUUUCUCUGUUUGCUGCUGGUGGCUACUGAUGCCAGCUCGCUCGUUUGCUACAUCACUCGUUUUACAGAAGAAGCCUUUGCCUCUCUCAUCUGCAUCAUUUUCAUCUAUGAAGCUCUGGAGAAGCUGAUCCACCUUGGAGAGACCUACCCUUUCAACAUGAACAACAACAUUGAGAAACUAACCACUUAUUCUUGUGCUUGUAUAGAGCCUGUGAACCCCAGCAAUGCCACCCUGCAGUACUGGGCGCAGAACAACAUCACAGCAUCAGAGAUCUACUGGGAGGCUCUGGAAGUGCAGGACUGCAUAGAGAAGAAAGGAGUGUUUGUGGGUUCUGCCUGUGGACCUCAUGGUCCCUACAUCCCUGAUGUACUCUUCUGGUCUGUUGUGCUUUUCUUCUCCACUGUGGCCAUGUCUGCUUUCCUUAAAGAAUUCAAAACCAGCAGAUACUUUCCUACCAAGGUCAGAUCAAUCAUCAGUGAUUUUGCUGUGUUUAUUACCAUUCUGACAAUGGUUCUGGUGGACUACGCUUUAGGUGUCCCAUCACCCAAACUGCAGGUCCCCAGUAAGUUUAAGCCAACACGAGAUGAUCGAGGUUGGUUCAUUAACCCACUAGGUCCGAACCCCUGGUGGACUUGUAUCAUAACAGUGGUCCCUGCUGUCCUCUGUACCAUCCUCAUCUUCAUGGACCAGCAGAUCACUGCGGUCAUCAUAAACAGGAAGGAACACAGACUUAAGAAAGGCUGUGGUUACCACCUGGAUCUAUUUGUGGUGAGUGUGAUGUUGGGUGUGUGUUCACUGAUGGGGCUGCCCUGGUUUGUGGCAGCUACAGUGCUUUCUAUCUCACACGUGAACAGUCUGAAGCUGGAGUCAGAGAGCUCAGCCCCCGGAGAGCAACCAAAGUUUCUUGGCAUCAGAGAACAGCGGUUUACUGGCCUUAUGAUUUUUCUCCUGAUGGGAUGCUCUGUCUUCAUGACCUCCAUUCUUAAGUUUAUUCCAAUGCCUGUGCUGUAUGGAGUGUUUCUUUACAUGGGAGCGUCAUCUCUACGAGGAAUACAGUUCUUUGACAGGCUGAAGUUGUUUGGUAUGCCCGCUAAGCACCAGCCUGACUUCAUCUAUCUGAGGCACGUUCCUCUGCGGAAGGUUCACCUGUUCACUAUCAUCCAGCUCAGCUGUUUGGUUCUCCUCUGGGUCAUUAAAACUUCCCGUGCCGCCAUCGUCUUUCCUAUGAUGGUUCUUGCUCUGGUAUUUAUCCGGAAGCUGCUGGAUUUGAUCUUCACUAAGAGGGAGUUGAGCUGGCUGGAUGACCUCAUGCCAGAAAGUAAGAAAAAGAAAAUGGAGGACGCCGAAAAAGAGGAGGAGCAAAGUAUUCUGGCAGAAGAAGAGGGAGUAGUACAAGUGCCAUUGGAAGGACAUUACAAGGAUGAUCCGUCGUCUGUGAACAUCACGGAUGAGAUGUCUAAAGCCUCCUUUGGAAACACUUGGAAGGCUGUCAGCUCUGAUGGCUCAAAAAAGUGAACCAACCACAAAAAGUUGCUGCUCACUGAAGUUUAGACAUGGCCUGCUGUGCCAGGGGAAGGCAAGGACAUGAACGAAAAGAGAGCUUCAACAUAAAAAGAAGCCUCUGACCUGCGUCUUCACUGUGGUCUCUCACACAAAAACACGCUGAUAUCAUGUGCCACAUGUUUCUGCUCCUAUAUGUCACUGUUCCUUUCUAUUUAGUGCUUCAAUAGAUUUUUUAAACAUAUAAUUUCUAAAUAAUGUAUGCAUGGUUAAAAAAUGGUCAGUCUCUAUUUAUAUGUCUAUUCUCUGUUUACUAAAUUAAAACAAUACCAGCAGGAGAAGGUGAGGAAAGCAGACUCUGUGAAAGUUAUGCAGCGUGUGUGUUGGAACAAUUAGAAACUAUUCUUAAGACUUUUAUUUUAUUUUAAAUGGAUUUAUAUGUAUUUAUUUGUAUUUUCUAUGUUUUUGUAUUAGUCUUCUUCCUGUUAUCUGAUAUAUAACUAAACUAGAACCUGUAACAAGUAUUCAAAAGACUACUAGUAGAUUUAACCCAUAAAUGUCCAUGUCAAGAGUUGAUACUAUAUACAUGCAUUAUUUAUCAAUAUCAUCAUCGUCAUAUCAAAUUGUCAUUAUUAUUUUUCUUUCUUUCUAAGGUAGAAUAAAUGGCAAACUAUAGUGCUGUAUAUUAUUUUGUUAUAAGAGGCUAACCUCAGAAUAGAGGUUUAGGCUAUUACACAGCAAUUACAAAAGAUUUUUAUCAUUUUAAUUAUGUAUUUGCUAUAUUUUCAGACGAGAUUACAGCAUAUUGAGUAUAUAUUUCUGUUGAUCUGUCUAGAGAAUGAUUUUGUAGUGUGUUGAUUCUGUCAAUAUGCCAAAGUCCAAAUAGGUAUUCCUGAUAGCUGGGUCAUUGCGCAUUUCUGAUUAAAUAAUACCACAUGGCAUUUUCUCAGUACCAGUAUUUUACACAUUGGAACACUCUGAAGCUUCAUCUCUGUGUUGUGGGGAAGCAGAACUGGCACAGAAAUGACAGAAAUCUGCUAUAAAUAUUCUGAAGGGCAUUUCUCAGACAGGUCAUAUUCUUCAGCUCAAGGUUUUUCUCAAAGAAUCUAUGAAGGGCAUAAUAUAACUUGAGAAUAAAUGCAAUAUUAAUCUAGAAGGGCAAAAUAAAAGGUUUCUAAGUGUGGAUUCACUUUGUAAAUACAUUUUCACCUUACAUUCUUGCACUUUUAGGAUUUACUAUAUUUUUUCCUUAAAAAUAAUCAAAAUGAAAAGUUCCUUAGUAGGGUAAUAUGCUUUGUCUUGCUUUGAUGUUAGUGGACAUUGAAUAAGCGGUUACAAUAAGCGUUUUCUUUCAAGAAGAAAUAUACAACGGUGGUUAUAUAUUUUUCCAUCUAAUGUUUUAUUAAUUUAUUGAAAUAAAUUAGUUUGGACUAGUUAAAAUGUUAAAAUAGCAUUUUAAAAUUCUGUGUACAAGCUGUUGUCUCAUUGUUUCUGUUAAUGAAUGUGUGGCUAAUAAAUAAAUCAAUAUAA